GGGUGGGCUUGCGGGGGGGAAGGGGAGUGCUAGGGAGGGGGAAGGGGAGUGCAAGGGAGGUGGAAGGGGAGGGAUAGCGUGGGUGGAUGGGAGGAUAGAGAGUGGGGGAAGGGGAGGGCUUGCUAGCGAGGGGGAAGGGGAGUACUCGCGUGGGGGAAGGGGAGGGAUUGCGGUGGGGAAGGGGAGUGCUAGGGAGGGGGAAGGGGAGUGCAAGGGAGGGCGAAGGGGAGGGCUAUCGUGGGUGAAUGGGAAUGCUAGCGUGACGGGGAAUGGGAAUGCUAGCGUGACGGGGAAUGGGAAUGCUAGCGGGACGGGGAAUGGGAAUGCUAGCGUGACGGGGAAUGGGAAUGCUAGCGUGACGGGGAAUGGGAAUGCUAGCGUGACGGGGAAUGGGAAUGCUAGCGGGACGGGGAAUGGGAAUGCUAGCGUGACGGGGAAUGGGAAUGCUAGCGUGACGGGGAAUGGGAAUGCUAGCGUGACGGGGAAUGGGAAUGCUAGCGGGACGGGGAAUGGGAAUGCUAGCGUGACGGGGAAUGGGAAUGCUAGCGGGACGGGGAAUGGGAAUGCUAGCGGGACGGGGAAUGGGAAUGCUAGCGUGACGGGGAAUGGGAAUGCUAGCGUGACGGGGAAUGGGAAUGCUAGCGUGACGGGGAAUGGGAAUGCUAGCGGGACGGGGAAUGGGAAUGCUAGCGGGACGGGGAAUGGGAAUGCUAGCGUGACGGGGAAUGGGAAUGCUAGCGGGACGGGGAAUGGGAAUGCUAGCGUGACGGGGAAUGGGAAUGCUAGCGUGACGGGGAAUGGGAAUGCUAGCGUGACGGGGAAUGGGAAUGCUAGCGGGACGGGGAAUGGGAAUGCUAGCGUGACGGGGAAUGGGAAUGCUAGCGUGACGGGGAAUGGGAAUGCUAGCGUGACGGGGAAUGGGAAUGCUAGCGUGACGGGGAAUGGGAAUGCUAGCGUGACGAAAGGGAGUGAUCUUGGCUGGGAUGGGGAGUGCUCCCGACGGGGAAGGCGAGUGCUUGCGUCGGGGAAGGGGAGUGCGCGCGUCGGGGAAGGGGGGAGCGCGCGUCAGGGAAGGGGAGUGCGCGAGAGGGGGAAGGGGAGUGCGCUUGUCGCGGAAGGGGAGUGCGCGCGUCGGGGAAGGGGAGUGCGCGCGUCGGGGAAGGGGAGUGCGCGCGUCAGGGAAGGGGAGUGCGCGAGAGGGGGAAGGGGAGGGCGCGCGUCGCGGAAGGGGAGUGCGCGCGUCGGGGAAGGGGAGUGCGCGCGUCGGGGGGGGGGGGUGAUCGCUAGCGUGACGAAUGGGAGUGCUCGCGAGAGGGAAGUCGGGAGUGCUAGCGACGCACAUCAAAAGCAAUGUGUCCUCCGGCCAGCCGCCGACCCCUCAUGUCCACAUCGCAACAUCAUCUCCAACAACCGCAGUCUCGGGUCCAAUAAGAGCAGCUUCUUACCCGCGCGUCGACCGUAUGCCGCUCCGUCGAUUUUCCGCCAAAGAUCCCAAAGUAGACCUAUCGUCCGCGUGACCGCGAGCGGCGGAGGCGACGCGGUCGGCCUGGGCCACGGAUCAGGCGCCUCGGCGGGAGCAGCCGCAGCCGCAGCCGCAGCUGCAGCAGCGGCCGCACGCGACGGCGCCAGCGGGGGCGGCGGCGGGUACGCGUCGUCGUGGGAGGCGAAGGAUUACGAGGGGAAGGAUUAUCUUUACCGGUUGGGGUCGGAGGCGGACAACUUGCGCAUCACGGUGGGCGCGAAACACGGCAAUAUCGACAGCGUGUUCGUUGGGGACUUCCUGGGCAAGGACGCGGACAUAGUGUUCAAGUAUCGCCAGAGCGUGACACGGUCCUUCGAGCACAUCCAGGGAGACUACUACAUCGCCCCCACCUUCCUCGACAAAGUCGUCACAUUCAUUGCAAAGAACUACCUCGCGUCUCAGCUCAGCUGCAGGAUUCCACUCAUCCUCGGCAUAUGGGGCGGCAAGGGGCAGGGGAAGACGUUUCAAGUGGAGCUGAUAUUCAAGGCGUUGGGGCUAGAGCCGAUCAUUCUCUCGGCAGGAGAGAUGGAGAGCGAGUGGGCGGGUGAACCGGGGAGGCUCAUUCGCAGCCGCUACCGCGACGCACAUCUCGUCAUCAACAAUAAGGGCAAAAUGAGCGCUCUGAUGAUCAACGACCUCGAUGCCGGGAUUGGCCGAUUCGCGCACACCCAAACCACAGUGAACAAUCAGAUGGUGGUGGGAACGCUCAUGAGCCUCUGUGACGACCCCACGCGGGCCAGCGUGGGGCAGGACUGGCGCGAGGGCGACCUGCUGAACCGCGUGCCGAUCAUCGUGACUGGAAACGACUUCAGCACUCUAUGGGCGCCGCUGAUCCGUGAUGGGCGCAUGGAGAAGUUUUAUUGGCAACCCACAAGGGAGGAUAUAGUGAAUAUAGUGUACCGAAUGUACAUUAAAGAUGGCUUAUCAAUUCAAGAUAUCGAGAGGCUCGUCGACACCUUUCCCAACCAACCGCUGGACUUUUAUGGCGCGCUCCGAUCUCGCACAUACGAUGAUAAAGUGCUGGAAUGGGUGGAAGCCAACGGAGGGCCAUCCAAGGUGGGUAAGCUGCUGAUUAAGCCGAGGAGAUGGGACGAUGGCAGCGAUGGCAAGGACACCAGACCCUCGGUCGACCCGCCUGCG